AGCCGCUGGGAGUUUCAAUAAUCAUUAACCAUCCUCAUUAAUAGGCGGGAAUAAGUGCACUUCAUUUUCAAAAUCAGUACUCAGAGACCAAACAGAUUGAGAGAGCACUCAACAAGUGUGUUUGAAUAGAGAGAAAAAAAAAACUGAAGAAGUCUUUGAUUGUGUUUCAGGACUUGGUAUCGACAAACAAGCACAUGGUUCUCUCUUUAUAAUAUUUCUGGGUACACCCAAAAAGAUUUGUGCAGGGCUUUGUUUAUUGAGCUUCUUUCUUCUUCUUCUUCAGGCUGUAAAAUCUUAAAACUUAAGAUAGUCUGUGAUGUGCUAGUUAGGGAGCUGGAAUAAAACAUUAGAUGGACCGGAAGUGGUUGUGGAAGAAGAAGUCUUCUGAGAAGAGCUCAGGUGGCGAGACUGAAAGUUCUGGUUCGGUGUCCUCUCAUUCUGAGAGGUGCUCUGAUGAACAGCAGGAGGCACUUAAGGAUUCUGCUCAUGAUUCUCAAUCACCUGAAGUCACAUCAAAAGGUGUAUCCGGCAGUGGUGAUGUUAAUGAUAGUCUGAAGAAUCUGACAGAGAGAUUGUCAGCUGCUCUUGUGAAUGUUAGUGCCAAAGAAGACUUGGUGAAACAGCACUCCAAAGUUGCUGAAGAAGCUGUUGCAGGCUGGGAAAAGGCUGAAAAUGAGGUGGCUGGCUUAAAGCUACGACUUGAAGCUGCAGUUAAGCAAAACUCAGCUCUGGAAGAUCGGGUAAGCCAUCUUGAUGGAGCCCUGAAGGAAUGCGUAAGGCAGCUUAGACACUCAAGAGAGGAGCAAGAGAAAAAUGUACAUGAAGCUGUGCUAAAGAAAACCCGCGAGUGGGAGGCUACCAAAGUGAAGCUUGAGAGCCAGAUUACUGAUCUCCAGACAAAAGCAGAAGCUAAUAGAUCUGGAGUUUCUGGUUUGGUUGAUCCUCAUAUUUCACAUAAGCUUGAAGCUUUGGAAAGUGAAAAUUUAGCCCUUAAGCGUGAUCUACUGUCUCAUGCAGAGGAGUUGGAAAUCUGCACAAUUGAGAGGGAGUUGAGCACUCAGGCAGCAGAAACAGCCAGUAAGCAACAUUUAGAGAGUAUAAAGAAGGUUGCGAAGCUUGAAGCUGAGUGCCGGAGGCUAAAAGCUGUGGCUUGCAAAGUUCCUUUGGUUACUGAUCAUAAGUCCAGUGCUGCUUCCUCAAUGUAUGUGGACUCGUGCAUGGAUAGUCAAUCGGACAGUGGGGAGCGGCUCAGUAUGAUGGAUAUGGAGUCCCAGAAGAUGAGUGGCUUAGAUCCAAAUAAGCAUGAUCUCAGCGUCUCUGACUCAUGGGCAUUGGCCCUGGUUGCUGAGCUUGAUCAAUUUAAAAAUGAAAAAGCUGUCAACAAAAAUUUGCCAGCUUCUUCUGUUGACAUUGAUCUCAUGGAUGAUUUUCUUGAGAUGGAACGACUGGUUGCAUUGCCACAGCCUGAAAGUGAAUCUGGUUGCCUGGAAUCAGAAGCCAUAGUUGAUGUCCCCAACAAUGAAGAAAUUACCUUGAGAGAAGAACUUGAAGCAAUGAGUCAUCGGACAGCAGAAUUGGAGUUCAAGUUAGAAAAGCUGGAGGAAGAGAGAGCUGAAUUAGCAGCCAUGAAUCACCGUACAGCUGAACUUGAAGUGAUGACUCAUCGGACAGCAGAAUUGGAGUACAAAUUAGAAAAGCUGGAGGAAGAAAGAGCUGAAUUAGCAGCCAUGAAUCACCGUACAACUGAACUGGAGUACAAACUAGAAAAGCUGGAAGAAGAGAAAGCUGAACUUGAAGCCACAAGUCGUCAGACGGCUGAUUUGGAAGUCAAGUUAGAAAAGUUGGAAGUAGAAAAGGCAGAACUAUUAGACAAGAGUUAUCGGGCAGUGGAAUUGGAGGAGAAGUUAGAAAUGUUGGAAGGUGAGAAAGAAAAGUUGGAAGUAGAAAAAGCACAACUAGAAUCUAUGAGUUAUCGAGCAGCUGAGUUAGAGGACAAGUUAGAAAAAUUGGAAGGCGAGAAGGAAAAGUUGGAAGUAGAAAAGGCCGAACUGGAAAUUGCUUUAGCCAAAACUAGAGAAUGUUAUGUGGCAUCAGAAUUUCAGCUUAAAGAGGCAGAAAUGAUGUUGGAGGAGUUACAGAAGGAACUGAAAAUUGCAAAAGAGUCAAAGCUGAGUAUUGAAUCUCAACUCAUUAGCAUAGAAGCAGAGGCUCGGACAAUGUCUGCUAAGGUUCAAUCUUUAGAAGCAGAGGUUCAAAGAGUGAGGGCUUCGUCAGCAAAAACUUCUAUUAGAUGUCAAAAUUUAGAGGAGGAGCUAUCAAGAAAGAAUGAGGAAGUCGAGUUUCAGAAAACUGCUUGCUCAGAUAGUGAAUCAAAGAUAAAGCAGGAAGACAUAGCUGUAGCUGCUGGAAAACUUGCCGAGUGCCAGAAAACAAUAGCAUCUCUUGGGAAUCAACUGAAAUCACUAGCAACACUAGAAGAUUUCCUGAUUGACACUGCAAAGAUACCGGAGUUUUCUGCUGCUGCUUCACGGAUUCCUAGAUCUGAUGAACCAUGGAAGAUGCAUUCCAAUGGGACAUUUUCACCUAAAAGAGAUUCUGUGUCGAAACAAGCUGUGGAGAGUUCUGGACUGGCAACGAAUAGAAAUGAAGAUAAUUCCCCACUAUCUUCCUAUUCGUCAUCCCCGUCUACUGUAGUGUCUACUCAUGUCAGUUCUGAGAAGAAUCGAAAUGGUUUUGCCAAAUUCUUCUCUAGAACAAAGAGUGGAAUUCGAUUAGAAAUUUAGCUUAGAUUCAAUUUUUGGUAAAGUAGAACAAGAGGGAUAUGUAUUAUUGAUUUCUGGGUUUGUAUAACAUAGGAUUGAGUGCUGUAGCACAUUUUGUUCUGCCCUUCAGAACAUCGGAACAGGAGUGAAUGAUCAAACUUGGCAUUUGAUUUUGUUUAGCAAAAAGAAAGGCUACCCAUCUUUGUCAAGUGGGCGUUGAAC